CAGCUUACUGUGUACUUAUUACUGGUCAUAUAUAUAUAUAUAUUAUAUAUAUUAUGUCAGAGAUGAUCCCCGGAAAAGGUUUUUGCUAUACAUAUAUAUGCUCCGAGAGAAUGCUAAAAUUGAUCCUUCCUUGUGUGCCUGUACCCAUAGAAGUAGUUAAGAAACCUGAUGUCAGUUUUCAAGGGGGAAGAGCACUAUGUAGGGACUGAAAUUGACCAUAGAACACAGUUUUAUGACAUGAGAAAGUUUGAAAUCAGUUCGGCGAAAUCGGUUGGCAUGAAAGGGCCAAUGGCCAGCCCCAUUGCUAAAGGCCAUCGUUCCUUGAACCUUACCUAAGGAAAGAACUUAAUUUAUAUGCAAAUGUUUGUCCCUGAUACAGCCUUGCGGAAAUACAGGAGAAUACAGUGGGACUGAACAUCAGGUUGAGAGGUGUAGUAGGAAGUCUCAAAAUCAUUACACGCCAAGCAAGUUUAAGGGUCGCUGAGUAUGCUUUUCACUAUGCCAAAGAACAGGGAAGAGAGGGGGUAUCUGCUAUUCACAAGGCCAACAUUAUACAGAAGACUGAUGGUCUUUUCCUCAAGUGCUGUUGUGAGGUUGCGGAGAAGUAUCCUGAGAUAAAGUAUGAGGAAGUUAUCAUUGACAAUUGCUGCAUGAUGCUUGUGAGGAAUCCUGCUCUUUUUGAUGUAUUAGUGAUGCCAAACCUUUAUGGUGAAGUUAUUAGUGACCUCUGCUGGCUUGGUUGGGGGUGUUUGGGUUUGACACCAAGCUGCAACAUUGGUGAGGGAGGUAUUGCACUAGCCAAGGCUGUAAAUGGUUCAGCACCUGAUAUUGCUGAAAAGACUUGUGCUUGUGUAGAAUUUGGCAAAUCCAACUGCUUUACUGCUGAGUGGUGUUUCAAUGUUGCGCCAUUUGAAUCUCCAUGACAAAGCCGACCAAAUUCAAAACGCCAUCCUCAGCACAAUUGCAGAAGGGAAGUACCAAACUGCCGAUCUUGGAGGCAAAGCAAAGAAACUGAGUUCACGAAUGCAAUUAUUGAUCAUCUCUAUAUUAUGCUCUUGAGUAGGCAAGGAAUUGCUGCUAAUUUUGUUUUCUGUUAAUUUCCUAUUUAUUUUUUCCCGACUUUUUUCGAGGAGUAGGAUUACCUCAUCAUAAUGGGAAAACCCAUCUAAGGGAGUGACUUUAUAACCACAUGGCAUGGGCAAGCCUUAAAAUAUUGGGUGCCUAUGCAGUGUUAUGGACUUGAGAGGGACAGAGGGUUGGAGUCUCUAAAAUGUACUUUGUCUGAUAACCCUCCUUGGUCCAUUUUAGUAUUCUUUGUCAAUAAUAUAGUUAAGUAAAUGAAGUACCAUUAGUUUGUUUUUA